AUGAGUUUAAUAUUUAGGACUAGCGUUCAUUCUUUAAAGUGUUUUUUCCGUUUCCAGCAUACCGAUAAUGCAAAGAUUCCUUACAUAUCUGUUACCGCGGAAAACUAUCCCGGUCACAUUUUACUUAGUCCCUUACAAAAGUGUGUCCUUACAAUUGGUAGUGGGAUAGGUUGUCUACUGAAUCCAAAAAGAGCAGAUCUUCUUAGCGCUUUUGGAGAAACCAGUGGUGAAUAUGCUUUACGCAGGAUAUAUAGUCAGAUGUUGAAUCAUCCUGAUGCAAGCGGCCAACUAUCCGCACAAAUACAGUUGACUUAA